UCAGUUUCCCACAUUCCUUGUCUUCCUCAUCCUCGCUAUCGUCCAGUGGGCUCUGCGGUAGGCAGCUCCUGGUCCAAAAUCUUUGGUUGGAAGGUCUUUCAACCCGUAGUCACAUCAGUGCACCCAUUCAAUGCCUUCCCUUCGUCGUUCUUUUUCAUCCCCGUCAGUUCGUUCGAACCCAUACCCAACUUCACUAUCAAAUGGUAGUGCAAGUAACGCUCGUACGCGUGUUGCAGGUCAUGGUUCUCGUCGUUCUUCUGACUCGGAAACGACCGAACGUAGGGUCCUUGCGGACAUUGAGUGGUGGCGGGUUUCUGAUGGACAGCGUGACCUUGAUACGGCCCAGGACCAGGCUGAGCUAGAUCAGGAUGUACAACACAGCGUGUAUGUCUCCGCGGGCGGCGCCAUUACCCUGUCGGGCUCUUCGGAUAGUCCACAGACGCCCUCGCUGAUGUUACACGACCUUCCCCCCAUAGACUUCGCCCAGUCUAUCCCUAUGAGUCAGUUUGCUGCACUCUCCAUAGCCCCUCACUCUCCCACCGGCAGGAGACACGGUCGCGACUCCUCGGGUUCAUCUCUUGAGUCCACUCCUGAGAUACCCGAAGCUCCUUUGGAGAGCGUUCGCUUCAGUAUGAUCGAUGCAGAUACUGGAUCUCAUGACCUCGAACUUCCUUCCGAAUUUGCGCUACCUCCUAUAGGCGUCAACUCGCGGCCUUCAUUCACACUCUUCGGACUGCACACCUACACUUUCGCAGAGUGUUGUGACUUCGGAGAUGAUGUUCAUCACUUUUCCGACGGAGCCUCCUCCUUCUCCCUCAACCAGAACAUCUUCCAAUGAGCUCCUGCCAAUCCCUCGCUCUUAAACCCCAUCCGCUCCAGAUCUACUUCCUCGCCGCCGUCACCGCCGCCGGCAGACGCCACCCCACAACUGUCCAUUUCAGAUUUCAUCCAUUUUAACCUCAUUUUAUCGCAUCUUUUGCAUACCAUCCACAGUUUGUAAUUUCACGCGUACAUCUCAAAAGCUUUUCAGACUGGG